CGACGCCGACAACGGCGACGACGACGACGACUACGACAACAAUGAUGACGAGGAUGCCGACGACAUCAACGACGCCGACGACGAGAACGACGAAUCCGAUGACGAUGGAGAAGACGAACGCCCCGUGAUUAUUUUGGAAACGGAAGAUUCCAUUGUAGAAAUAUCGGAAGGAGAAGUGCAAUACGGGGGCGGAACUGUAAAUGUUGCGCAAGAAAAUAGUAGUAGUAAACAGGACGGCACCAACAACGAGCGCAGCGACGACACCGUCGAUCGUUACAUCGGCAGCAGUGCUACUCCCGCCACCCCCGACAGCGCCGCCGAGAGAAGCAACAGCGACGGCAUCACCGCCGAGCGUUACACCGGCAGUGCUACUCCCGCCACACUCGACAGUGCUGCCGAUGACGAGAAAAGAAAACAGAUCGAUAGUAUGUCUAGCGAAGAACGCGAACGUUUUUUGUUGUGGCACGCGGAACAGAUGCGCGAAAACGCAGGUUUUGACUUUCAACGCGAGAUAGUUCGUUAUUGUCGUAACGACGUUGAUAUCUUGCGGCGAGCGUGCAUGGCUUUCCGCAAGAUAUUUCUCGAGCGCGAAAACGUAUGUCCGUUCGAAGAAUGCACGACCAUCGCUUCCACAUGUAUGCGCGUUUCCCGCAAAAACUUUUUACGUGAGGAAGAGAUCGGCGUCAUUCCUUGCGGCGGAUAUUGCCUCGCGGAUACGCAAUCCCGCAAAGCUCUGCAGUGGCUGGUGUGGAAGGAGCGCGAGCUUGGCCGCAUCAUUGUUCACGCGGGUCACGGGCGAGAACAUCGUCUCGCGGAAGUCGGAGGCAUUCCCGUCGACGGGUAUUACGAGACGGCGAACGGUGAGCGUCACGUGUUGCAAUACCACGGCUGCUUUUGGCACGAGUGUCCCGUGUGUUUUAAAACGGAACGCGACAAACGUCUCUGCACGGGGGAACGCGAAGUGUACGACACGAUGAACUUGCGAUACGAGCGUACACUGACAACGUCAUGGCGUCUUCGCAAACGAAGGUACAUCGUGACGGAGAAAUGGGAGUGCGCUUUUGAUCGCGAUACGCGGGAAAAUCGCGAAAUGCGAGCGUUUUUAGACCAACAUCCGAUGCUCGCGGCUGAACCGCUUUUACCGCGUGACGCGUUUUUCUGCGGUCGAACGGGAAACAUCGCAAUUCGGCGCGAAGUUACGGGUAUGGAGAAAAUACGUUACGUAGACGUGUGUUCUCUAUACCUUUACGUGUUGAAAACCGGCGCUUUCCCGAUUGGACAUCCGAAAAUUUUUGUCGGACAAAAAGAGUGCGCCUCGCUUAUCGGAGCGAUGCCCGGUGUCGAUUUUUCCGCGGUCGAGGGGCUUCAGACACAGUGCUCGCACGAAAAUCCGCGCGAUCGUGAAUUCGAAAACGUGUGGGUAUCGUGCGAAUUACGCAAAGCUGUGGAGAAGGGUUAUCUCGUGACUGCACAAAAGGCGAGCGGAUGGCCGAGCGAAUGCGUGGACGACCAAUCUAAAGAACGAUAUCUUCGAGAAUACGAAACAGUCGAGGAUAUCGCUCUAGAUAGAGCAAACAUUGCGCAAAAUCCGGGUUUACGCUCGGUCGCAAAGCUGUGCCUCAAUUCGUUUUGGGGAAAAUUCGGGCAACGAUCGAACUUGCCGAGUACCGAGGUGGUAAAGUUGCAAGAACGUCUCGUAUCGCUAUUGUCAAGCCCCGAGCACGAGGUAACCGAUAUAUUACCUGUGAAUGACGAGGUAAUAUAUGUUUUGUGGCAAAUGCGGGACGAGGCGGUCAUACCCUCUUCGAUUACCAACGUGAUAAUAGCGGCGUACACGACGGCACAGGCGCGAUUGAAACUGUACGAAUAUUUAGAACGUUUAGGCGAGCGUGUUCUUUAUUACAAUACAGAUUCGUGUAUUUAUGUGAGCAGCGGAGAACCCGGCGAAUACGAACCGCGUACGGGAAAUUUCCUGGGCAAUAUGACGGACGAGCUUGAAGGCUACGGCCGUGGUAGUUACAUCGAGUCGUUUGUAUCCGGUGGCCCGAAAUUUCACGCGUACGUAGUUCGUACUCUGGACGGUGGCGCGCGGGAGGUGUGUAAAAUCAAGGGAAUAACUCUAAAUUCCGCAACCUCCCGCAUAAUUAAUUUCAAUAGCGUUAGGGAAUUGUUAAUGAGAAGAGAAAGAAAAGUAGAAAAUGUGUCGAUAAAUCUGCAUUUUAGAGCGAUUUGUCGCACCGCGUUUCACGAAGUUGUGACGCGGGACGAAUCAAAAAUCUGCUCGCCGGUUUUGCUGAAGCGUAGAUUUAUCGACGAGCGACGCUCCGUUCCAUACGGCUACUUAGAAUAA